AUGGCAAUAUUGAUAAAUUUCGUCGCUCAUCCAUGUAAUUGCAGCGCACCGGCAUGUUUGCAGGGAAUGGUGCGGGUGAUGCCAGGACCUGCAAGAAGCAAGUCCGAUUCUUCAAAUCUACGCGGCAGUUUUAUUGACCUGCCUCGACACAUAUCUUCCGAUGAAUGUUUAAUGCGCUCAAGCCUACAUGCUGAAUGUUAUACUCAGCACCAACUCGCUUCCGGGCAAUAUGUAUCAGACCAUCUGUCUGACCCAAUAGCCUCUUUCAUCAUGCGUGCCAGAUUAUUGUGGCUUCCAGUUAUGGUCAACGGCAAAGGUAAGAUUCGCAACAAUCGUGCCUUUGCUUAUCCAGCUGUUGGAAGGAGCUCAGCAACGUUUGAAUUCAAGCUCUCUCGCUGCCUCCCUCCCUGUCUCGUCGCGAAAACCAGGGCCGUCCUCACUCCCUCUCUCGUCGCCAAAACCAUCGCCGCCCUCCUCCUCGCGGCGUUGUCGUCAUCGGAGCUCUCUCGCCACCUCCACCUCUCUCCUAAAAACCCUGAUUCGAGCUCCUCUGAUUCGAGCUCCUCCUCCUCCUUCAGUAGUAGACCGACCGCUCGAUUGGACAUUAUUGUGGCCGCUGCUCAAAGAUCUGUCGCUCCCUCCUCCUCUUCGCUGUUUUUCGGCUGGCUUUGCUCGCCACUCCUCCGGCGCUGCUGCCUUUUAUCCUCCUCUACAUUGAAAGGAAAUAGCCAAGAGGGAAUAGAAGGGCAACUGGAUGAAGGUUUUCUUGCAGAGGUCAAUGCCCAACUACGUCAAUCCAAAGAAGAUGGAGAUAAGUCGGCCGGUCUUGAGGCCAUGCUGCAAAAAGUUUUACAAAUUUAUGCUUUCAAAGUACUGCAAAAACGUAGCUAUGCAUACAAAGGUAUGCAAAUCUGUAAGAGAUGUUCUACAUGGCCUGCAAGAAGUAUUACAAUGAAUUCUCUAACAUCAUGUUCAUCCAUUUGGUUUGUUUCACUUGAUAAAUCCUUCUAUUCCUUGUCAAUCAGUAGAGAAGUAAUUUCUUCUUUAUUUCAUUAAUGCAGUGCUAAACUAUUUUCUAUUACAGGGGACAAAAUUUUAGUGGCAGAACAAUUUUGUGAAACCAUAAUCGCAGGGAAAUGAGACCAGCUACCUGGAGAGUACCAGCUUCUGACCCUGAAGGUGAAUCGCUUUCACCCUGACCAUAAAGAAAAGCUAUGGAUCAGAAAGAGCAACCUAACCAUUCAAAUAAAGCAGUACAAGUACUCAAUUGCUGAAGAUGAUGAGUCUUCCAAGUCAUAUGUAAUGCAGCAAAUUUAGUUUCUGUUGUUCUGUGGACUAUGCUUAAUUUCUUAUACUCCAUGUUGGACUAUCCAAAGACUAGUAUUUAUUUUUUGGCACAUUUGUGUUGACUCUUCUUGUAUGCUACAACUUGGUUAUGUAUCAGUUUGAAUCUUUAAAUAAAAUAUUUGCUUUUAUGGUUGUCACAA